CUGUCAGCUACUGUAUGCUAUUCGGAGUUUGGAAAUUGGACGAGCAAAAUUUUCAGAACUGUUGCGACGAGUAAAACCCUAUUUGUUCGAUAACUUAAUAGAUUUUGCGUUGUUUUUUAUAUUGUUAAGUAGUAUGCUGAAUUUUGGUGCUCUGUGAUAAUCGGUCUAGCAAGAACUAGUAAAUGAAGAAUACGGACUGCGAACCUAUAGUGGAUUGCAUUUCUCCGUCUUUGGGAUUGUCCGCAAUUUCGCAAUUCUUUGGCGCAUUUUCAUACGGGAAUCCUACCACUCCUGAUUUGCUAUGUUGAGUUAUCAUUAUUUACUGCCCAGUCUCCUGCGAACGGCAUCUUCACCGUUCCGAUGCUGCAUGCGAUGCGUGGCCAGCAUCACGCAGCCUGAAGUCACUCCUUCCGAAUCCAGUCUGCCGAAUGGCUCUUCCGAGGAUUCCGUCAAAGACCUUCCGCAGUCCGAGCCUGCUAGUGUUAGGAGCAAUUUCCGUGCCAUGCAGCAGUUGCGACAUGAUCAGGCGCACGAAAGCCUUCUCGUCCAAGCUCCCAGCGUUGAGUCUGCAUUUGUCGUAGAAAAAGAGUGCCUGAAAUUCGGAACUGUGCAGUCUAUGUUUCACUAUCGCCAAAACGAAAAGGAUUACUUUUUGAUCCAUAUGAACAGCAAAUCGGCCGUCCGCAGUAUGUUGGACGCUUGCGUGCAUCCGUCGCGAGACGGUAUUGUUCCGGUUCGUUCGCGGUUGUUGGAGGCCUCGACUUUACAAAGACGGAGCAGCGCAGCAACAAUAAGUCCUUUAAUACCGGAACAGUCGAUCACUGCAAUGCAGCUGGACAAAGAUUUGCUGCAGCAAAACGGGGUGUCUGCUCAAAUGCAGUAUUUGUACAAGUCGUGUAAAAUACCGGAAUUAGGAACACGGCUGCGGUAUUUUAUCUCCUCACAAAUUGAGGAGGCUGUCUCCGGUUUGUUCCCGCACUGCCGUGUGUAUUUGUUCGGAUCGUCUGUCAGCGGCUUUGGCCAGCAUCAUUCUGACGUCGAUAUGAUUCUGGAUUUUGACCAAGUGUUCACAGAAAAAAGACCGGGAACGGCCAAUUUCAGGUUUGUCUCCAAACCGUCAGCCGGCAAUGAUCGCGUGCAGUGCCAGCGAAGCUUGGAAUUAUUAGCGGAUAAUCUGCAGUAUCUCCUACCCGGCUAUACCCAGAUUCAGCGGAUUCUCCUGGCCCGUGUGCCCAUUGUGAAAUUCCUCCAUGAACCAAGUGGAGUGCGCUGUGAUUUAUCCACUACGAAUAUGUCCGGCUUAGUUAUGUCCAAUUAUUUGUACACUCUGGGAGAAAUAGACGAACGGCUGCGUGCUCUGGUUGUAACGAUACGCAGGUGGGCCAAUGCCAAUCGGUUGACGAACGCUCAUCCCGGCCGCUGGAUUACCAAUUUUACGUUGACCAUUUUGGUCGUAUUCUUCAUGCAGCAUAAAAAGCUGUUGCCGCCGCUUUCGCAGCUGCCAUCCACACCUCUCAUCAACCGCCGGUCAUUGGAUGGGCCGAACGAUGAUCUUGGACAAUUACUAGCGGAGUUCUUCUCUUUCUACGCCUCCUUUAACUACAAAUCUCACGCCAUAUCAGUGAUCGACGGGACAAUAUAUCCGAAACCGGAUUUCGCCUCGCUGUACAUAGAGAAUCCUUUGGAAACCGAAUUGAAUAUCGCCCGUAAUCUUAGUGCCGAGGAAUUGGACCGGGUGGUGAAUUCCAUGCGGACCGCCACGUGGAUUCUCGAAGGUGCCGGGAAAGAUCCUCUGUUGCCGGGAAUAGUGCGCCUUUUCCAAGAAAUCAACGAAAAAGAUGUACCGCGGCCGAAGAAAAUGGGUGUCAGUGUCGAUGAACUUUUUCGGAAAUCCGGUGCCGCUCACAAAUAUCAGCCCGAUGAGUUUGCUGUGGAUAAUACUGUGAAAAAUUUCUCAUUGAAGAGUAAUAUAAAUACGACAACGCCACAAGAAAAACAUGCAUUAAGAAAUUCGAGGCAGAAGUUUAUAAGGGAGAAGCAAAAGCCUUUGGGAACUCGUUGGUGAUUUUGAUUUAUUCUACGUAUGUAAGUAUUGUUUUUGCUGACUACUUUGUUAAAUCACUUAAAUGUAUCAAUGACAGUCUGCUGCGCGGAAUAUUUGAGGAUGGCAAGGUUGAUAUUGCGACGAAAAAAAUGAUCGCAUUAAGUCGAAGGGCAUAAGAGUACAUUGUUGCAUUCUGAAUGCUUGAUUUUUUUCCUUUGCUGAAUUUUUACCAUAAAGUGCAGUA